AUGGGAGAAAGCUCUGAGAGGGAGAAGAUCGAAAGACACUUGGAGAAUGGGGAGACAGCAGAGGCACAGGAGAUACUUAGCACCCCAGGGACUUCUGAGGUUCUGGUGGACGUCUAUACGGAGCUUCUGAAAGUCCCACUCGAUGAAACAGGCCUUUUAAAGGCAAUGCAGAAGCACAGUACCUCCCACAUUCCGCAUCUCUCGUACGGGGACUUCCUAGUGCGAAAGGAGAGACUCAGAGAAGGCAUUUCCCAGUACAAAACUGCAGCAAAAGUGUGCAAAAUCCCAGAGGAUCUCCCCCAGAUUCUGAAGACUAUCGCAUUCCUGCACCUCCAACUGAGAGAAGUCACAGAAGCCUUCCACACGGGAUGGACUCUCAUACAAAUAUCCCCGACCACGUACAAUAUGCGCCUCCUCCGGAACAUCUGCGAGAUCGCACGAAAGGCGAAUCCUCCCCUGAGCAUCCGGAGAGAGGCUGAGAAGACGGAGGAAGUCAUCGGAAAAACUCUGACGCGGAGAUCCCCCGUGGAAAGGGAGAGCGUAAAAAUGGGGGAUCUCGAAGUGAUUGGGUGCAGGGGCGUGGGGGAGUUCCUGAAAAGCAACGGGAUAGAAGCAUCUGGGCCCUUUGAGGUUGGACACUCCUCAGGGGAUCUUCCUGUCCUCGUCCUCCUGGAGAAGCACCGAUUCGACGAGUUCAUGCGGAGUCUGCAGGAGUUCUUUGUUUCCCCGGAGGAGAGAACGGGAGAGCCCUCCUGCGACGUAAUUAAGCACCUUAUGAAGGCAGAGGAUAUCCACCUUCUCCUGCGAAUUGGGGAGUAUAUGUACAGGAAUAGUCACUAUGUAAGUGCUGCUGCUGUCUUUGGCGUAUGUAUAGAUCUAUUCUCGCGGAUAGAUGCACUUCGCACGAAGUUCAUGCAGUUAGCAGUUACGCUGGACUAUCCCUUCUUCCAGGACGUAUACGAAGCAUCCCCGGGGAUAUACUCGGAAUACUCUGAAGCCGUUAAAAAACACAAUAUUUCCGUGCACAUAGUGAAGAGGGGGCAGGUGAAGGAGCAUCCGCUGGACAAAAUACUCGCAGAAAACUUCCCAGAGAAGAUCAGCACGGAGGCACGGACUCCCCUGGGGAAACCUGCAUAG